GUGAAGUAGGAGGGCCUUGGGGCGGCAGCAGCAGCAACAGCAGCAGCAUCGGUCUGAGCUGAGCUGAGCUGAGCUGAGAGUCGCUGUCCGAGACGGAGUAGCCACAGACUGCACUGCCAAGAUGUCCGACGAUGAGCAAGAGCAGACCAUAGCCGAGGAUCUCGUGGUCACCAAGUACAAGAUGGGUGGUGACAUUGCUAACCAGGCUCUUCGUCUGGUCGUGGAAGCAGCCAAGCCCGGGGUGUCUGUGCUCAGCCUCUGUGAAAAAGGUGACACCUAUAUCAUGGCAGAGACCGGCAAGGUCUUCAAGAAGGAGAAGGAUAUGAAGAAAGGCAUUGCCUUUCCUACCAGCGUCUCAGUCAAUAACUGUGUUUGCCACUUCUCUCCCCUGAAGAGUGACCCUGACUACACACUUAAAGAUGGGGAUCUGGUCAAAAUUGAUCUCGGGGUUCAUGUUGAUGGCUUUAUUGCCAAUGUUGCUCACAGCUUUGUUGUGGGAGCCAGUAAGGAGAACCCCAUCACUGGUCGGAAAGCUGAUGUAAUCAAAGCGGCUCAUCUGUGUGCAGAAGCAGCGCUACGUCUUGUGAAGCCUGGUAACCAGAACACUCAAGUAACAGAAGCCUGGAACAAGAUCGCACAGUCGUUCAAGUGCACACCUAUUGAGGGUAUGCUGUCUCAUCAACUAAAGCAACAUGUCAUAGAUGGAGAGAAGACCAUCAUCCAGAACCCAACAGACCAGCAAAGGAAAGACCAUGAGAAGGCAGAGUUUGAGGUACAUGAAGUCUAUGCUGUGGAUGUCUUGAUCAGCACUGGAGAAGGAAAGGCCAGAGACUCAGGUCUGAGGACUACGAUUUAUAAGAGGGACCCCAGUAAACAGUAUGGCUUAAAGAUGAAGACCUCUCGUACGUUCUUCAGCGAGGUGGAACGACGUUUUGAUGCCAUGCCCUUCACUCUUAGAGCUUUUGAGGAUGAGGCCAAAGCCCGACUUGGUGUGGUGGAGUGUGCCAAACAUGAAUUGUUACAGCCCUUCAGUGUGCUACAUGAGAAAGAGGGAGAGUUUGUAGCUCAGUUCAAGUUCACAGUGCUGCUGAUGGCCAACGGACCUCACAGAAUCACCACCGGGCCCUUUGAUCCAGAGCUCUACAAGUCAGAGCAUGAAGUUCAGGAUCCAGAGCUAAAGACUUUACUACAGAGCUCUGCAAGCCGUAAAACACAGAAGAAAAAGAAAAAGAAGGCCUCAAAGACAGCAGAAAAUGCAACCGGACAACCAACUGAGGACACAGAAGCUCCAGAAUGAAAAACUGCCUUUCCACACAUGCAAAGACCCCAAAGAAAAGCAAGAGAACAUGACACACUUCCCUGAACUCGCUGCCCAUUCUCAACUCAGUAUAGCUGAUUAAACUGUUUAAUUCAUAAGAGAAUUUGCAUCAGUUGAAUAUUUGACAUUCUCGUGUGGAUUAUUAACCCUUUACUGCAUUCACUGAGAGGGUUAGGGCAUUGGAGAUGAUACUUUAAAGGUGGUUUCAGUAGAUUUGUUGCUGAAUGUUAACUCUUCUUUUAAAUUUACAAAUAUAGUUCUCCUUUUUUCACUUGUAUUGUUGGCAGCUGAAAACUUUUAUUUUUAAGUAAACCGAGGCUUACAAGUGGGCAUUAAUGGGAGUCAACUGGCAUAACUUUUGGGAAUUACACCAAUAGAAAAUUGCAUCAUAUUUGUUUAAGGCAUCAUAUUAUCAGAGGCCAUCCUGUUGUGUGAUUUUCAAUGUUUCCCUUUGGCAACAAGGUCAUUUCAAGUGAUUUAAACUUGAUUAUAUGUAAACAGACUUAAUAAAAAUCCAGAGUUUUUAUUAGCUGCCUUAAGCUCACUUUGCAUAUGUUUACUGCUGAUUUUUCAUCCAGUGGAUCGUUAAGCCAUCUCUUACCCAUGCCAUGCAGUAAAGGGUUAAAUUAGAAUUUUCUCAUUAUUUAUUACAAUCUCCAAGUGAUCUGAUUGCAGGACUUGAGAAACACAGACAUGCUUACAAAUUGGUUUUUACUUAGAUUUUAUGUAUUGGAGGUUUAUUCUUCUAUCAUUAUGACCUGACUACAUUUUUGGCUGAAACUAUGAUGUUUUACCUACACUAGAUUUUUAAAGCAAUAACAGAAUUAGCAGAAAAGUGAAUAUUUUUAAAUAUACAGGUGACAUACUUGUAAUUAGCUUGACCUAAGGGAACAAACUGCUACAUUUACUGCCAUUCCCCUUGAAUUUUAUGAGAAGAAAGAAAUCUAGAACUGUAUGUUCCAGUUUAAAAAAAACUUUUCUAUCAGUGAUGCCUGUGAUUUGCUUUACUUACAUCAUUUGUCUUGUGAAGCAUGACAGCUAAAACUGAUCAGGUUUUAGGAAAACUUUUCUGGGUGUCUUCAGAGGAGUUGAACCAUGCAGAUCAUUUCUGGUCUGAGUUUGAUUUUUGAGGUCUGGGAUAGUGUUGGGUCACAUUUGUCAACAGUUAAACAUGUUGGAAAACAUAAAAUACUGCUUUGUAGCUCAGUCAGUGGGCAAUGGACCUUUACAUCUACGAAAUAAAAACAUUUUCAUACA